AUGGACGGCAACGGACAUCAUCGGAGAAGAGCUCCGCAGCCAUCUCGUCGACAAGCGCUACAAGACGACUCCCAAUAUGGUGGCUCCAAACCCCAAGGACCUGGUCAAAUCAGAGAGAAUUUUGCGGUCCCCACUCAAAACAGCGUCCGCUCAUCUCAAGUGUUCUCCCAAGCAACGUCUAGUGCGUCGAUUUACCCUUCUGUGAGCGCUCAGGACUUUGGGGAACCUGGAUACGCGCAAGUCCAGCAAUUUGCUCCACAUCGAGUGCAUGGGCCUUCUUCAACGUACCAAUCAGGUUACCCACAGCUUUCGCAACGAGAACAGCAGAUCUCUCAGUACUCUCCACAGGCAGCCCUUAGUGCACAGCAACCAGCCCAAGCUCAGGGACAUUCCCACCUAAGCUUUGGUAAUUCGGCCGCUUACCAACAACGACAGUCAGCAGCAGUCGAGGUCCUAUCUAACCAGUUUAGUAGCCAGACAUAUUACGAUAGCGGCCAAGGACAAGCCCAAGCAAGUCUAUCUUCACAUCCAACAGUAGCAAUCCAACAGUCAAUCCAAUAUACGAGCUCAGGGGAGUUUGCGCAGCAAAGUCUUCCCUCGACUUAUGCAUCUGGUGACGCCACUUUCACCGGUGCAACUGGCUACGACCAUGUAUGGCAACAAGAGCAAUCAGAGCCGGAGGCGGAGGAUCCACAAGCCUGUUGCGAAAAUCUUUUGAGGCAGACCAACAGCCUAACUCUGGACGAUCGACUCCUCGAAGCUAGAUCUUCAUUGUUGGAACUCAUGCAGUAUUUGCUAGACAAUAUAGAAACACUAGAACAUUUGAAUCCUGACAUUGAAGUAGGUCUACACGAAGACAAAGUAAUUGAGGACAAUCGCGAGUGGAGAGUCUCGUACAAGCAAAGGCUCAAAUUCUGGAGUGACAUCCACAAUGCUUGGCUAGUCUUCUUGCAACGUCAAUUUGACAACACCCGGCAUCCUCCAAAAGGGAGCAGGUCAAGCCGACCCAAGAAUCUUUUGCGAAAAGAUCUGGAAGAGCUUCGGGAAGAGGUAUUGAAAUUAGCGGAUCAAUUCGACAAAUAUGGCCUGCUCAACUACGAGCAAGGCUUCCAGCCCGACGAGCUGAUGCCCUACCUCAAAAAGUGCUACAAAGAGCUCGGAAGUGGAGAUAGCAAGUCAGGAGGACGAAGAAAGUAG